GCAGCAGAAGAAGUCAGUCAGUUCUUUGGUACUUCAUUGCUAGCAGCCAGUAGUGCCAGUCGGAGUACUUGUAUGUUGCCGUGCCGUCGUUACUUUCUGACUGUUAACGGGAGCUCAGUUUGUCAUCAUUGGUGUGAUGGAACUGGACAAAAUGGACGAGAACGACUGGAAGUAUCAUGGAGAGGGGAACAAGAGCCUGGUGGUCUCACACGUACAGCUUUCCAGAGUUCUACGCCUGCUCAAGUAUCCAGCCGAGGACUCUGAAAAUCCACCACAGACAGUGGAGCAGGCUUUUAGGCAGAUCCAGAACAUUGUUGACUUCAGCUCCAACGUGAUGAGCAGCCUGCUGGGAGAGAAGUUCAUCCACAGUGGGGAAGUGGUCAAACUACCGUUAGAGUUUGUGCGACAGUUGUCAAUCAAAGUUCAACAUCAAAGACCAGCCUGGCGCUGUGAGAAGGUGAUGGACAUCUACAGCGGCUGUGCACUCUGUCUACCCAACCUGACAUCUCCAGCCCUCCACCAGCCAACACACACUCCUCCACUCUGUAUCGAGAUCAAGCCUAAAUGUGGCUUCCUGCCAUCCUCUAAACACGUCAGCAAAGACAUCAAGACCAAAGUGUGCCGCUUCUGCAUGCACCAACACUAUAAGGUGGCCGGUGGAAAGUGGAAGAGACGCAGUCUGUACUGUCCUCUCGACCUGUUCUCAGGAAACAGACAGAGAAUGCACUUUGCCAUCAGACACCUGAUAGAAGAACCUCAGAACAACUUAAAAAUCUUCAAGGGCGGUCAGUGUAUCUACAGCAGUAAGGAGGGCAGUGACGACGCGAUGGACCUGACCUCUCUGCUGCAUCAUCUCCGACCAUACUUCCAGCAUGGAAACAUCAGGAUCAACAGUCACAUGACCAGCAAAGCUGUCCUUAACGACUUCAUCCAGGUCCUGGUGAACGCCCUGCUGAGUGGUGGUGGUGGAGGAGAUGGAGGGGUGGUGACGGACAGACAAGGAGAAGGACGGAGCUUCUGUGAAGCAAGUGUGUUCAACAAGGAGAGGAUUCGCCAUGGCUCUCAGGGUUUACCCAGCGACAGUGUUUUGUUCAGGACACUACAGACUCAGAUGUUGGACACGCUGGACAUUGAAGGACUUUACCCUCUGUUCCGCCGGGUGGAGCAACACUUGCAGGACUUCCCUAAAGAGAGAACUCGUCUUCAGAUGGAUGGGCCGUACAACGAGGCCUUCCUAGAGAAGCUGCAGAAGUGUCCGACUGAGGACGACGGCUCUGUGGAGUACGCUGUCGCCAAGGUCCAUCAGUACCGCGUUGCCAUGACAGCCAAGGACUGCUCCAUCAUGGUCACCCUGGUGCCCAGAAGUGAGGAAGAAGAGGAUGAUGAAGGUCUUUCCAGUCAGAGGUGGCUCAGGGACUUCCUCUCCUCCAGACCUCCUGCCUUUUCUUACUCAGUCUCCAUCUUGGAUCUGGACCCGAAGCCGUUCGACAGCAUCCCCCGCCAGUUGCGCCUGGACCAGAAGAUCGUCUCCUGCUACCUGAGGACUGGCGGUGCCUUGCCAAAGGGCUCUAUGCCGCCGCACUCCGGCAUCUUCGCAGCUGCAGAGAGAGAGGACUGCACGCUGCUCUUCCACCCGGUGUGAUUGCCCAAUAAGAGCCGGACGACCCUGAAGACGAAGACUAACUGAUGCCACACUGAUGCUUCAAACAGAGACGCCGUGUUGAUGCAGAGGUCUAGAAUCACUUCAGACCCGAGCUGUCUAUCCGAGACUUUACUGCAGCACUUUCUCUUCACUCAUGCUAACAGUUAACAGCUCCAGUUGAUGCUGCUCAGCAAAAAUUAAAAUCUCUAGGAAGUCAACACUUAACCACCAGACGUUUAAGCGAUUUCCAAUAUUUCUGUUACUGGUUCUAGAGUUGUUUUUUUUUUUUUGUGUCGUCGUGGAGCCUUCUCAUUCCUGUCAGGAGGUGAAAACCAACAUCAUCUCUGUGAAAAUAUGAUUCAUAUUUAUUAGAAAAUUAACUUU